AUGGCCGCAAACUCCUGCCCGACACUUAACUCAACGGCUGAUAUGCAAGCUCCUACGAUUGAACAAGAACGUCUUGUCGUCGCUCUCGGAAAGCUCGAUAGGCCACGACCAAUUCCCAAUUCUUACUGGGCAACGGGUUACCUUUUGGCAUGCGAAUACCCAUGGCAUCCUUUAGACAGUUCUUGCACAAAACUCGAAGCCUUGCUGCGAGCUGGUACUCGAACUUUUGUUGAUCUCACUGAGGAUGGCGAGCUCUCUCCGUACGAGGCCUACCUCUUGGUGCUUGCUCGUCAACUCAGAAUCGAUGACACGGAACUCGAAUACCAUCGUUUUCCUAUUCGUGACCGCUCACUUCCUGAAAGUGUAGAGCACAUGCAUAGCGUCAUGGCAGUUCUCCGAGACAAUAUGGACCGCGGGCGCAUAACUGCCGUUCAUUGUCGAGGGGGCAUCGGGCGCACGGGCAUGGUUAUUGGAUGUCUCCUAGUUGAGAGAUUCAACUUGACGGGUGAAGAGGCUCUACAAAUCAUCGCUCGGGAGUGGCAAGGAGUCGCUAAACGGAUUACAUACCCUCAUAGCCCCGAGACGCCUGCUCAAUUUGCCUUUGUGCGCGAGUUCCAACCCGAGAAAGUUUGCCAACAGCUUGUUUUCUGA